AUGUCUAAUCCAUCCAUAAAGCAAAUAUAUCGCUUUCCUACCGAGUUUAUCGAGAACGUACUCGUCCUCCCAAAUGGAAAGCUCUUGCUAAGCACUUUCAAGUCGCCCGGUCCCCCCUAUAUCCCCGACCCAACGGCUACGGAGCCCCAGGCUAAACCAGUCGCCAGCUUUGACAAGGGAAUUACAGGCCUAACAGGUAUAGUUCCACUUGAAAAUGGUCUAUAUGCUGUUAGCGGCGGUUUGCACACGUCCUUCUCCUUCCAGAGGGGUAGUAUGAAGCUGUUCACAGUGUCGCUUCAAUCAGGCAAAGUAGUCGAUAGCAUUCCGGUCCCAGAUACGGCCACAAUGAACGGUCUGGCCAUACUUCCAUAUAAUCCCCAUGUCGUUCUUAGUGCCGAUUCCAUUGAAGGGCGCAUAUUUGCUAUCGACACCCACACCAGAGAAGUUAGUGUCAUAUUCGAGAACAUUGAUCUCGGCUCCAGCGGUUAG